AAUGCAUCAGCGUUAGCCGCAACGAUAACAUGGUUACUUCGCGAUGGCUUAGGUAUGAUCUCAAGGAUUUUAUUCGCAUGGUCACAGAGUGCUCAGCUGGAUGCUGACUGCAAACGAUGGCGUUUAGUGGCGGAUAUGCUGAACGAUUUGGCAUUCUCGAUUGAGCUUCUGGCAGCGAUCUUUCCGAAUCUGUUCACUCUAUUGGUUUGCUUCUCGUCUCUGGCCAGAUCAAUUGUGGCCGUGGCCGGAGGUGCUACACGAACAACUGUCGUGCAACAUCAGGCUCGCGCAAAUAAUGUCGCUGACGUUUCGGCGAAAGAUGGAUCGCAAGAGACACUCGUCAACGUUACUGCUCUCGUUUGUAGUCUAAUCUUUUUGCCUUUAGUCAGUGGACAUACACUUUUGGUGUGGAUAUUCUAUACGAUAUUUACGGCCACACAUCUUUUCGCGAAUUAUCGAGCCGUGAAAUCGUUACAUUUCGAUACGAUCAAUCAAAAACUACUCAACCAACUGACAAGGUAUCGUGAACUCGUUGAAGUUAUUGUUGUGCUUUUCGUCAGAACAGUAAAUGUCCAUCGAUAUUAA